AUGAUAACCGAACCUCUGCUGCUCUGUGCGAUUUCAUUGGCAAUCGGUGUUCUCGUCGUAUCUGCUGAUUACACAAUCUUACCGUUAUCAAAAGAAGAUUGCGAUAAAUUUGUGAAGAAUCUCAAUGAUAAAAGACGAGAGAUGGUCAAACGAAUGAAUAUUUCGGAUGCGUAUGAAUUGACGUGGAGUCCGGAGCUCGCUAAAGAAGAUGGCGAAGCGGCAGGAAUAACUAUGCUUGACAACGAAAAUAGAGCCUAUUAUGGAGGAAAUUCUUUUGACGAAUUAUCUCAAGAAUUUGGAGUCCAGUUGAAAGGAGAUGGAGGUGAAUCGUAUGACAACAUGCAAAGCCUUUUAUCUCCAAUUCAUAGAACAAUUGGUUGCUCGGGAUAUGGGGAUACAACCUACUUUUACGUUAGUUGCUCGCUUGCACCAGGAGCUGUCCAUGAUGUCCCUGACGAGUCUCUCGAAACUCCGUAUUUUUUCCAAGGUUUCAAAGGAGUUCCCGGAUCAAAAUGUGCCGCUGGUUAUGAAAAUAAUGAUGGAUUGUGUGCACUGAUUGGCUCGUUCACUACGAAGAAACCACUCACUAAACCUCCGGUAAAACCAUCUACUGAAGCUAAAGACAAGGAUUCUGUUGGCGUGACUGAUGUGACCUCUGGAUCGUCUUCUAUUUCUAUCAUCGUCGUCUUUUUGCUCUUUUUCGUCUCUUUCUCUUAUUGGUUUUGA